AUGGAAAACCAGCCGCCCACCUCAUUUGAAGGCUGGGUCAGUCACUCUGCAACAUCUCCUCUAACGCUCGCCACGUUCACGCCAAAACCCUUCACGCCCUUCGACGUCGAUAUCAAAAUCACCCACUGCGGCAUCUGCGGGUCAGACAUCCACACUCUCCGCUCAGGCUGGGGCCCGACAAAUUACCCCUGCGUCGUCGGCCAUGAGAUUGUCGGCCACAUUGUACGCGUAGGUCCCGGCGUCAGCAGCUUGAACUCUCCGUCCAAACAUCUAGCUGUUGGCGAUCGAGUCGGCGUCGGCGCACAGUGUAAUUCGUGCCUAAAACCGGAUUGCGAGGAGUGUUCAUCCAGCUUGGAGCACUACUGUCGGCGAAGGACAGGGACAUACAAUGGCAAGUUUCCUGACGGGAGCAAGUCGUACGGCGGUUAUGCGAAAUAUUGGCGGGGCCCAGCCUACUUCGUCUUCAAGAUCCCGGACGCCUUGCCUAGUAAUCUAGCUGCUCCCCUUCUAUGCGGCGGUAUUACCGUUUUCUCACCUUUGUUGAGAAAUGGGGCUGGGCCUGGAAAGUCUGUGGGUGUAAUUGGAAUUGGCGGAUUGGGACACAUGGGCUUGCUAUUUGCCAAGGCAAUGGGUUGCGAUCGCGUUGUGGCAAUCUCGCGCAGCAAUUCAAAGCGAUCCGAUGCGUUAAACGGCCUAGGCGCGGACGACUUUAUUGCAACAGAUGAAGACAAAAACUGGGCUAAAAAGCAUGCGAACUCCCUACAUUUCAUCAUCAGCACUGUCUCCUCCGGAAACGUCCCACUCGCACAAUAUCUCAGGCUGCUUAAACGUAAUGGACAAUUCAUCCAGGUUGGAGCGCCAGAAGAACCUUUCCCCUCUUUCAACAUUGGGCCAAUGAUUACUAAAGGCACCGUUAUUGCUGGAUCCCAACUCGGAUCUCCGGACGAAAUCCGCCAGAUGCUUGAGCUAGCGGCUCAAAAGAGGGUCCUACCAUGGAUUCAGGAACGCAAUAUGAACGAGGUGAAUACUGCCCUGGCGGAUAUGGAUGCGGGAAAGGCACGAUAUCGAUAUGUCUUGGUCAAUUCGCCUGAGGACCUGGCAAAACUGUAG